AUGGAGAGGUUCUUGAUGGAAGAAAAUAACAAUUCUAAUGACUUUUCUAUUCCGUUCUCUACUUCUAAUUCAUCUAGGCAUGAGAUUGUGGCGCCUACAUUCGGUGUCGAUGAUUAUUCUAACAACAUGGAACUAUCGCAUUUGAUGUAUCAUGAGCAAGAAAACAAAUCGAGAAAGAAAAGUAAGACAUUGAAAACUAGUUUCCUCAUCAAAGGACAGUGGAUGGAAGAAGAAGACAGGAGACUUGUAGAAUUGGUGCGACAAUAUGGAGAUAAAAAAUGGUCACAAAUUGCUGAGAAGAUGAUUGCAAAGGCUGGGAAGCAGUGUCGCGAGAGGUGGUUUAAUCAUUUGAGACCUGAUAUUAAGAAAGAUAGUUGGAGUGAAGAAGAAGAAAGGAUGUUGAUCGAGGCUCACAAGAAGAUUGGCAAUCGAUGGGCGAAGAUUGCCAAACAAAUCCUAGGAAGAACAGAGAACUAA